UAUCAUCUUUAGCAAAAUGCACUGCGCACAGUGAUGUUCUCAGAUUGUUGUGCAGCAGCUGGCGGGCACGGAGCUGACCCUGACCAAACUGUAGUCACAGCUCUUCACUGGCACAAUGCUUCUCUUCUGUCCCGGUGCCCACGUUUGAGCAGCUUUGAAAACCCUGACCGGGGAUCAUUUGGAUGGUCAGCAUCUGUGGGCCACUUCUGCAAAUCAUCAGCGGGUUUCCCACAGUCGAAAUUUCCACAACUACUCCUUUGAUGCUGGCCUCUCUGUCCAUGAUGAUGUCACAUGGUUUCAAGAGCAGUAAGCAGGACUUCAACUUUGGACCAUGGAAAGUGACUGCUUCCAAAAACCACAUCAUGAAGUCCAAAGACAUUGAACGGCUAGCAGAAGACAUGAACAUGCCUUCUCUUCCAGAGAUGUUGUUUGGAGACAACAUACUGCGCAUCCAACACACGGACGGUUACGGGAUUGAAUUCAAUGCUGUUGAUGCCCUGAAGAGAGUCAGCAACAUGGAGGAUAGCGUCAAGGUGGCGUGUGCUCAGGAAUGGCAGGAGAGCAGAGCUGAUUCUGAACACUCUAAAGAUGUGAUCCGACCUUAUGACUGGACUUACACCACAGACUACAGAGGGACUCUGACAGGAGAAAGCAUGCAGAUAAAGGUGUCUGAGACUGCCGAGCGUAUUGACAUGGAGAAGCUUAAGGCUCGGGAACACAUCAUGUUCUUUGAUGAGGUGCUGCUGUUUGAAGAUGAGCUGCACGACCAUGGAGUCUCUAUGCUUAGCGUCAAAAUUCGAGUGAUGCCUACCAGCUUCUUCCUGUUGAUGCGUUUCUUCCUGCGAGUGGACGGAGUGCUGAUUAGAAUAAAUGAUACUCGACUAUAUCACGAGGCUGGGAAGGAUUACAUGCUGCGAGAGUUCACUACGAGGGAAAGCAAAAUCUCAGAGCUGAAGUUUCUGAAGGCAGAGGCAGACCUGGAUUACAUUGAGAAGCGGUUGAAGCUGGACUUCAUCAACAGCAGUGCAGAAAAUGGAUGUCCAGCUGAGAACAACCUGGCAGUGGUGCUGGAGAACCUGAAGUCUAUAAAGUCCAAACACUCAGCCCUGUGCUCGCAGGUGAAGGAGCUCACGAGUGCACAGAAGGAGUCUGUAGACUCGAUCAGAAACAACCUCAGCGGCGUCAUGGAGCUGCUGCAACACUUUGAACAGACCACUGAUAUGGAGGUUGGGACACUGACAGAGUCAGAGCGAGAGUCUGUAGCACUGCUAAGUGCUGUCAGUCGCACCACAGCUGAGGUGUGUUCAGCUGUAGCAGCUUCUCACCAAGAGCAGCCACAAAGCAGUGAGUGUGAGGAACUGACUGCAGCCAUGCUGGAGUCGCUCCCCCCGAGCGUACGCUCCAACAUCAAGCUAACUGACCUCAAUACGUUCUACCAGCAGCUGCAGCAACAUCUGGGCAAAAGUAACAGGGGAUCACUUAGCGUGCAGAAGAUGAAGCAGUUGAAGAUGAAUGUGAGCGAUGCUAAGCUGAAGGUCCUGCAACAACUGUCUUUAGUUGAGCUGGACAGUAAAGGCCAUGUUCGUCUUGUGCUCUGAGCAGAGCGAUGGUUGUCACAGUAUGUACCAAGUUCUUGAGCAGAAACUAACCACAUGGGUGGGAUAGACACAUACAGGCCACGAGAUGUCAGUUAUACUUUCAGUCGGCGCUAUGGUCGGUCUGUACGUUGUAUAAAUGCUCAGAUAGAUUCACCAAAGUACAGCGCCGUCCUUUGAGCACUGGGGCGUAAGCUAGCCACAAUGAUGCUGUGAAGAUGCACAGUGUGUGCUGCCUGUUCAUGUUUUUCAUGUUAUGAUAAGGUUUAUUGUAAAAAUAUAUGAUUACAUUUUAACACAAGACCCUUUCCCCUGAGUAAAAUGCUAAACCCAUAAAGAUGCUAAUAGUUAUAAUGUAUUUUUGUCACGGUGACACAGUACACUGCUGUAACUCAUUUAAAUGUUUCUAACAGUAAAAUCUACCUUCAGCUGUGUUGAUGGAAACUCGAAAUCUUAAUACUUUAAAUGUACAAAGAACAAUGAUGGACAUUAAAAUAAAUGUAAAAUUGUAAUGUGUGGUCCUCUCACUUUGUGAGGUGUGAAAUAAAAGAUAAUGCUAAGGGUUUAAGAU